CGGAAACACAACGUUCAGCUCUACCGGUCGGCUCGUGUGUUUCGAACCUCUUUUUGAAGAGCAGCCGUGAAGGUGAUGCAGGUCCUCCUCGUGGCCAUGUUCUCCUCGGUGCUGCUGGUGCAGGUCAGCGGGGCUCCACGCGGAGACAUGCCGACGCUGAGAGGAGACCCGGGGGACAACGGGGAUCUCGCGUACUCGAUGUUGCUGAAGUUUGUGUCGGAGCUGGCGGCGGCGCGAGGAGACGAGACGCUCCUCGCGCCGGAGGAGGAAGAGGAGGGGAGGCAGGAGGUGAUGAGGCGACAUCUCCCCCUCACCCAAAGAGAGCGGAAAGCCGGCUGCCGAAACUUCUUCUGGAAGACGUUCACCUCGUGUUAGUACACACGAAUUAACACACAAAAAAAGUACUUUAUUCAUCCGCUUUUGCUCAUUUUGUUGGAACAAUUAUUGCCAGUUGACAAACAAGCAGUUUUGGGGCUACUGUAAUAAUGAUACAGUUGUGUUUUACGGUACAGUGUUUAAAAUACAUCGUUUUCUGGUUUAAACAGGUUCCUUUUUGUGUCUUAAAAAGGGAUUAUUUUGAAUUGCAUUCCUGCAAAUGUUGUGGACUUCUACAUAUUGGUAAGAUUCAUUAGAAUCAAACGCUAGAAGGUCUGAGAUGUUCUGAUGCUUAUGUCUCAAUUUAAAAAAUAAAUUAAAAAACGAUUCCACAUU